AUUGUUAUCUUAAGACACUCAUCUGGUGCCCGAGUCUGCAGGUGACACUGCUUAGGUACAGAGACCGAGUCAGAGCAUGGGAACACGGGGCUACAGGCAGCCUUGGGCUCAAAUCGCUGAGAAGAACCGGUUCAUCGUUUAGUGGUGCCUCAAGCCGGGGGGACCUCUCUACUAGCUACCCACCUAUGUGGGUGCACCUGCUCUGUGUAGAGAAGGCAGGAGCAAAUCAGCUAGCGGCAUGAUCUCGACUGAAGACUGUGGACUUGCCUUUCCCCAAGUGAUAAGCACCGAUUGGGAGGAGAGGGAGUGUGUGUCUUUUUAGAGUUGGAAAAGAAGGCAAGGUCCUGGAUUUCUCCUCUGCGGAGGGACCUGGAACUCCCCAAGGGGCUGGCUCUGUGCUGCCCUUGCCUCCUUCGUCUGGGCUUCACCCUUCCGAUCCAGUCCAGAAGCACUCCUUAACCAUGCUCUGGGCUACCAGAGUUCUUGGUGUUCGGCUGGAAGAGAGCAGGCGAGAGGUAUAGCAGCACCAGCAGCAAAGGGAAGACAGAAUUUGGAAGGGGUGUCCGUGCUCUCUCACAUUCUGAAAGGAAGGCAUUCGCAUUCCCUCCAAAUAUGGGGAGGGGGGGGGGAAGCACGUGAAAUCAUGAAAUAAAAACUUUGGAAAGCUGCCACCAGAGAUGUGGUCGGUGCUGAAAAAACCCUGGAAUCUGUUAGGAAUCUCCUCUCAGACGCUGUGGGGUUUGGGAGCAGCUGAUACAGCAAGGAAGACUCUUGCAAGGAUUCAAGGGGCCCUGGAGGAGCAGUGCUGACGGGGAGAUUGUGGCGAGAGAAUGAAGAAGCCAACCGCCCAGGAGAAGCAUGAGGUGGCAGUGCGGCGUUCGGUUUAAAGGGCUUCGGCUAGCGACCCCAUGGGUGACGCUGCUGGCACUAUGUCUUCCCAGCUGGAUCUGUGCCACCACUGCCCUUGCUGCUGCUGCUGCUGCUAUUGUGGCCCCUGAGCAACAUGCCCCUUUGGCUGGUCAGCCCCCGCUGGAUUGGUUACUCACUGACCGGGGCCCAUUUCACCGUGCCCAGGAGUAUGCUGAUUUCAUGGAACGGUACCGUCAAGGUUUCACCACCAGGUACAGGAUUUACAGAGAGUUUGCCCGAUGGAAGGUGAAUAACUUGGCUUUGGAAAGAAAGGACUUUUUCAGCUUACCAUUACCCCUAGCCCCUGAAUUCAUCCGGAAUAUCCGCCUCCUGGGACGGAGGCCCAGCCUACAACAGAUUACAGAAAACCUCAUCAAAAAGUAUGGCACUCAUUUCUUACUCUCUGCAACUCUUGGAGGUGAAGAGUCAUUGACUAUUUUUGUGGACAAGAGGAAACUGAGCCGAAAAACAGAUGCAAGUGAAGCCACUGGGGCUGGGAGAAGUGGGAACAGUUCAGCUGUGUCCCUGGAGACCCUACACCAGCUGGCAGCCUCCUACUUCAUUGACAGAGAAAGCACACUCCGCCGUCUCCACCACAUCCAGAUAGCAACAGCUGCCAUCAAGGUCACAGAGACAAGGACAGGCCCUCUGGGCUGCAGUAACUAUGAUAACCUGGAUUCUGUCAGCUCAGUCCUGGUGCAGAGUCCAGAAAACAAAGUUCAGUUACUAGGCCUACAGGUGCUGCUGCCUGAGUACCUCAGAGAGCGCUUUGUGGCAGCUGCUCUCAGCUACAUCACCUGCAGUUCCGAAGGAGAGCUCAUCUGCCGGGAGAAUGACUGCUGGUGCGAGUGUGGACCCAGCUUCCCAGAGUGCAACUGCCCGGAACCAGACAUCCAGGCCAUGGAAGAGAGCCUGCUCCAGAUUCAGGACACCUGGGCUACUCACAAUAGGCAGUUUGAGGAGUCAGAGGAAUUCCAGGCCCUGCUGAAGAGACUUCCAGAGGACCGCUUCCUGAACUCAACGGCUAUCUCCCAGUUCUGGGCCAUGGACUCGAGCCUCCAGCACCGUUACCAGCAGCUGGGGACCACCCUGAAACUGCUGUCCAAGAAGACCCAUCGGGUCAUCCGCCGCCUCUUUAACCUUUGCAAACGCUGCCCCAGACAGCCUCGAUUCUGGCUGCCCAAGGAAAGACCCUUAUCCUAUUGGUGGAACCGGAUCCAGUCCUUCCUAUACUGUGCAGAAAGCACUGUCCCUGGCACUUUCUUGGAGCAGAGCCACAGCUGCACCUGUCCCUAUGACCAGUCCUCCUGCCAGGGGCCCAUCCCGUGUGCCUUGGGUGAUGGGCCAGCCUGCGCUGUCUGUGCACCGGACAACAGCACCCGCUGUGGCAGUUGCAAUGAUGGCUAUGUGCUGACCCAGGGGUUGUGCCGGCCAGAGGUGGCAGAGUCUCUGGAGAAUUACCUAGGUCUGGAGACAGAUCUGCAGGACCUGGAACUUAAGUACCUGCUUCAGAAACGGGAUAGCCGCAUUGAGGUACACUCCAUCUUCAUCAGCAACGACAUGCGUCUAGGCAGCUGGUUUGACCCCUCGUGGAGAAAGCGCAUGCUUCUGACUCUAAAAAGCAACAAGUACAAGCCAGGGCUAGUUCAUGUGAUGCUGGCCCUGUCUCUCCAGAUCUGUCUCACCAAGAACAGUACCCUGGAGCCCGCCAUGGCCAUCUAUGUCAACCCCUUUGGGGGCAGCCAUUCAGAGAGCUGGUUCAUGCCUGUGAAUGAAGGGGAUUUUCCAGACUGGGAAAGGACUAAUGUGGAGGCGUCAGCCCAGUGCCAAAACUGGACACUCACCCUGGGUAACAAGUGGAAGACCUUUUUUGAGACUGUCCAUGUCUACCUGAGGAGCCGAAUCAAGUCCCUGGAUGACAAUUCUAAUGAGACACUUUACUAUGAGCCCCUUGAGAUGUCCGACCCUUCCAAGAAUCUCGGCUACAUGAAAAUCAACAGCCUGCAGGUCUUUGGCUAUAGCAUGCCCUUUGACCCUGAUGCUAUCCGGGACUUAAUCCUCCAGCUGGAUUACCCAUACACUCAAGGCUCCCAGGACUCUGCCCUCUUGCAGCUCAUUGAGAUCAGGGACCGAGUGAACCAGCUUUCUCCCCCCGGAAAGGUCCGGCUCGACCUCUUCUCCUGCUUGCUCCGGCAUCGGCUCAAGCUGGCCAACAAUGAAGUGGGCAGGAUUCAGUCCUCCCUGAGGGCGUUCAACGCCAAACUGCCAAACCCUGUGGAGUACGAGACUGGCAAACUCUGCAGCUAACAUGGGGGCCCUGGUGAUGCCCCGGAGCCGGGAAGCAGGGGGAGCCAAGACUGUCUAAAGGGCCUUACCUUAGUGCCAAUCGUGUGCAUUUGAGCAAAUGAGACCUGGAGGCAUGGAUCAAGUCACAUGCUAGGGAGCAAUGAUGGAUACAGAUGUGGGCACACAGAAGCAUAAACAUCUACAUACAUUAUCUCCCUCACUGGGAGACUAAAACAAAGCAGAAUCUGAUUGGUGAAAUCAGUGAUUUCUGACAUGAGAACAGUUGAUAAGAGAAGAGAUUAAAA